UAUAUAUAUAUAUAUAUAUAUAUAUAUAUGAUGUAUAUUAUCUCCUCAACAGUGAAGGGUUAAUAUAUUGUGCAGAGUAACAUUAACACAAAUUCAUCAUCAAAGAGACUUUUAUUAAUUUCUUCAUGUAAUUUCUCUCUUUCUAAGCCCUUUGAAUUGUACGUUUAGGAUAUCCACAUUAAAGUUUGCUUUUACUUCUUCUUUGAAUGGCGACCCAUUGAGUAGUAACUAUGGAAAGUAACAAGUUAUGCAACAAACGUGUCAUUUCCUUCAGCCACAGAUGUCUUGAGCAGUUAUUGCCCCAUUAAACUGGAACUCGCUGUAAAAAUAGACUUGGAACUAUAUCCUUACAUUUGUGGAUUUAAAUCUCUGGAUGAAUUACUGUUGGCUGUAUUCCUUUAAAAUAAAAACAUGUUUAAAAAAGAGAAAUAAAGAGAAAUAUUGCAAGGGGCUGUAGCUUUCUGUGUAAUUUACAAGUCACUGGGUUAUAUGUCUGCUUGUAUUUCAUCUGGAAUCAGAGGAUGUUGCCUUCCUUGUGAAGCUUGAUAUAUUUCACUAGUAACUGUGAUUGAAAAGAAAAUCUGAUGAUCAUUUGAUACUACAGAUGGAGGCUAUCACUUGCGGGUUGACUCUUAUUCAACGAAGGAAAAUUCUGUGUCUUGCAAACAGCAGUGCCACUUCUUCUGAAUGUCUGCAGUGACAGGCAGCUAGACAACAGACACCCCAUCAGGUGGCAUUUAUAUAGCCUGAAUUGUGCAUUGGAUUUGAACAGAUGACCAUCGCGUGAAUACUGGUUUUUAUACUUACUCAGAAUCAACACAGCUUCAUUGGCUUCAAGACAGUGUUAAAAAGCAGGUCAUCUGGCCCUUUCUGAUACAGAGAAUCAUGCACAUCACAGGAGCUGAAAGACUCAUCCUCAUUGGUGGUCUGCUGCAAGGUGUUCUGUGCCUCGACUUUGCAGCGCUGAUGCCUCAGAGUAUAAAGGCUCUGAGUGGAUCUUGUGUGGACAUUCCCUGCUCAUUUACACUGCGAUUAGGAUUUGAGUUGUUCCUCACAACUUCAUGUAAAGGAAUAUGGAGGAAAGGGUGGCCAGGAGUACAUGUGUUUGAUUCUAGUCUCACAGGGACAGGCUUAAACACCAUUCAAGUGAAUCUAACUGGGAACAUGCAGCAGAAGGAAUGUACCACAAUCCUGAAUGAUUUACCUUCUUUCAAUGACUACUUUUCAUUUAGAAUUGAAUGUGACAAUUAUCUGAAAUAUAAUUUUCCAGAACUUGUCACAAUGUAUGUAAAAGAAAAUCCAUCCCAACCCACUCUAAGUCCAGCAACAGUACAUGUGAUGGAGGGGACCUCAGUGAGUCUGAUCUGCUCUGCUGCAGCCCCCUGUCCCUCACUCCCUCCAACUCUGACAUGGACCCCCACACUGAGUGACAGUGUGGAGGAUUUGCAGGUGACUCCGAAUCGAGUCAUAACUUCUAUCCUGAACUUUACCGCUUCACAUGUCCACCAUGGAGAGAAGAUCUCCUGCACUGCGCUGUACAAACGACAAGCUGGCAAGAGUGAUAAAUCAUCCAAAACUGAUCUGACAGUCGCUGUUCUUUACUCUCCCAAGAACACCUCAGUGUCAGUCAGUCCCUCUGAUUCAGUGGUAGAGGGCAGCUCUGUGACUCUGACUUGCAGCAGCAAUGCUAACCCAGCAGUGGGGCGCUACAACUGGUACAGAGUUAUUGGAGAGCAGGUUUCAACAGUGAGGGCUAGCAGAAUGCUAACUGUCCAGGUACCAGCAGAUGACAGUUAUUUCUACUGUGAAGCCAUCAAUGACCAUGGAACCGAGAAGUCAUCUGUCAUUCAACUAGAUGGAAUGUACCCUCCCAAGAACACCUCACUGUCAGUCAGUCCCUCUGGUUCAUUGGUAGAGGGCAGCUCUGUGACCCUGACCUGCAACAGCAAUGCCAACCCUGCAGUGAAGAACUACACCUGGUACAAAAUCAAUGGGACUGAGGCUGUCCUUUUAGGAUCUGGAGAGAGCUUCACCUUAGACAGUAAAGCAAGUGAUAGCGGGGAGUACUGCUGUGAAGCACUGCAUGCACUCGGUAAAGAAAAAGCCACAGUUGUUCAGCUGGAUAUUCAAUCCCCUCCCAAGAACACCUCAGUGUCAGUCAGUCCCUCUGGUUCAGUAGUAGGGGGCAGCUCUUUGACCCUGACCUGCAGCAGCAAUGCCAACCCACCAGUGAAGACCUACACCUGGUACAGAGUCAAUGAGAGCAAGAUGGUCCCAAUGGAGUCUAGAUCUCCAUCUCUGGUUCUGCAGGAUAUCAGCGAGAGUGGACUGUUCUGCUGUGAAGCACAAAAUAGCUAUGGCAAAGAUAGGUCCAACAUCUUUGUGUAUUUUCACCAUUGCCCCUCCACAACUACAGCACAAACAUCAGUUCCAUCCAUAAUCUGUGGCGUGGUCUUUGUCCUGUGGAUUCUAACAGUCAUCUUCGGAGUCUAUAAAUAUAUCAGAUUAUCCAGAGGAUUGAAGGCAGUAGGUGACACAUACGCCACACUACAGAUCUCAAACGUGACCUCUACUUAUGAGGUCAUACAGAGGACAGAGUAUGGCAGCAGAGAAGCACACAGAGAGACCAGUGGUAGUGAUAUGUGAACGCUGCAGAGGGGACAGAGGCAGUAACACCAUGAGCGUAACUCUGGAUUCGCGGUUUCAGGCUCUACCUGAGAGACGUGAAUACAGGGAACGUGGUCGUCGACCUCAUCAGAAUUGUUUUAAUCUAUCAGAUGCAUGUAAAUAACAAGCUUAAAUCAAGCAUUUCACUUUGUCAUCUCCCAAAAUGUUGGUUUUACCAUCCAUUUCCACCCUUUGUCUCUUUCAGUUCAUCUAUAUUUGAUUUUAUUGCACCUGUAUAUUCAUUUUGUAAUCAUAUCAUAUUCAUUCAUUUCUUGAUGAUGAUUAGGAUGAUGAUGGUUAAUUAGUUAAUUGUACUAGAUAGUUCUUCACUUGUGGUCCUAUGCAGCUCAGUUGGUACAGCAUGGCACCAGGAUAGUGGGUUUGGUUCCUGGGACAAACCGUAUGUAAAAUGUAUGCACACAUGACAGUAAGGGAUGCACUCUUUAGGCUAGUAUUAGUGACAUCCCGGGGAGACGGGAUGUCAUUAGAACCUAAAAAAUAUUUUCACAUGACACUCCCCUUUGCUUUACCCUCCCCGCAUGAAUUCUGUUCUAACUCGCCCUGGUCAACUAUAAGUGCUGUUAUUUUGUGAAGUGGAAACAUCUCGGAGCAACAACGGCUCAGCCACAAGGUGGUAGGCCACACAAGCUCACAGAACGGGACGGCAGAGUGCUGAAGCACGUAGUGUGUAAAAAACGUUUGUCCUUGGUUGCAACACUCACUACCAAGUUCCAAACUACCUCUGGAAGCAACGUGAGCACAAUAACUGUUUGUCGGGUUUCUAUGGCUGAGCAGCAGCACACAAGUCUAAUAUCACAAUGCGCAAAGCCAAGUGUUGGCUGAAGUGGUGUAAAGCUCGGCGUGGAAACGCAUUCUCUGGAGUGAUGAAUCAAGCUUCAUCAUCUGACAGUCCGACGGACGAAUCUGGGUUUAGCAUAAGCCAGGAGAAUGCUACAUGACCCAUUGCAUAGUGCCACAUGUAAAGUUUGGUGGAGGAAUAAUGGUUUGGGGCUGUUUUUCAUGGUUCGGGCUAGGCCCCUUAGUUGCAUUGAAGGGAAAUCGUAAAGCUACAGCAUACAAUGCCAAUCUAGACGAUUCUGUUCAACUUUGUGGCAACAGUUUGGGGAAGGCCCUUUCCUGCUUCAGUAUGACAAUGACCCCGUGCACAAAUCUGUUAAUGCAGUAUGCUAAUUGGAGUGUGUCCAUGGUUCUGGGAUAAUGGUGUUGAUGUGAGCCAUGACAAGCCUUUGAAAGCAUUUCAUGACUACAAAUGUGAGUGCUAUAGGGCGAUAAUCAUUUAGACAGGUUACCUUGGCGUUCUUGUAGGUAUUACAGACUGGUCAGGGAGAGAUUGAUAAUGUCAGUGAAGAUACCUGCCAGCUAAAUGGCUAUUAUUCAACAACAAUCAUGUUCUUGGAAAUUGCAUUUCCAUGUAUUUUAAUUUGUUUAACACUUUGUUUGGUUACUAUAUGAUUCCAUGUGU